GCGAGUGGUGUUGUGGUUGUUGUCAUCGUUGGUCCUGAAGCCGGGACCCGGGACAACUAUCUACAACGAAAGAAAUUCCUCGUUAAGUCGAAUUCUCCGAGUGAUUUUGCAGAGCUUUCACCAUGGUUCACAAAAGAAAGAGGAAGAACCAAGCCAAAGUUGGUAGAGACGACAGAGACACGGAACGGCGGCAAGCUUCGUAUGAAGAUCUUGUGAAAGAGAACGGGAAUUUCGAUCGCUACUACAGGGCUCAGAAACUCGUUGGAUCGGACGAAGAAUGGAGUCAGAUGAUAGAAUGUCUCAAGUCGGACCUCCCUGCUGCGUUCAGGAUCACGUCCGGACUCCCUGAGACGAAUUUCCUGCUGAAGAUAGUCCAGGGGAAAUAUUUCGCCGAUCUGCUGAAGGACACGGAAGCGACAGCCCCGCUCCGAAUACCGUGGUACCCAGAAGGUCUGGCCUGGCAACUGGAUAUGUCUCGUGUGAAGAUACGCAAGUUCGACGAGUACAAACGUCUUCACAAAUUCCUGAUAAGCGAAUGUGAUAAUGGCAACAUCUCACGCCAGGAAACCGUCUCCAUGAUUCCUCCCGUUGUCCUGGACAUCCAGCCGGGCCAUAAGGUUUUGGAUAUGUGCGCAGCUCCUGGUAGCAAAACCGCACAAAUAAUCGAAAUGCUUCAUCGAGGUGAAGACAAGGUCCCGAACGGCCUGGUUAUCGCUAAUGACGUCGAUAACAAAAGGUGUUACAUGCUUAUGCACCAAGCGAAGAGACUUCGUUCGUCUUGUCUGAUGGUUGUCAAUCAUGACGCGUCUCAAUUGCCUAACCUCAAGUUGAGUGACGGUGAGGUUCUAAAGUACGAUCGUGUCUUGUGCGACGUACCUUGCACGGGCGAUGGAACUCUGAGGAAAAACGGAGAUCUCUGGAGAAAAUGGAACACCGCCAACGGGAACAGCAUCCAUGGCUUGCAAGUUCGAAUCGCGAGACGAGGAUUGGAAAUGCUCGCAGUAGGAGGUUUGAUGGUCUAUUCCACCUGCUCGCUGAACCCCGUUGAGAAUGAGGCAGUCAUAGCACGACUCUUGGAUGAUUGUGGAGACGCCGUUGAAAUCGUCGACGUACGAGACAGGCUACCGGGCUUGAAAUCGAAUCCAGGCUUGAAAAGUUGGAAGGUUGCGUCAAAAGAAGUCGAUAUCUUCGAUUCUUACGAUCAAGUGCCGGAGAACUUGAGAACACAGAUAACUCCUAAGCUUUUCCCUCCGGAGACUGAAAUCGCCGAGAAAUUCCAUCUCGAGAGGUGUCUGAGGAUUCUGCCCCAUCUGCAAGAUACGGGGGGCUUCUUCGUCGUUGUGCUCCGGAAGCUCAAAUUGUUGCCAUGGGAGAGCCAGAAAAAUCAAGUCGAGCCGCAAGAGACUGGAGAGCAGAUUGAAGGGGAUGAAGUCGAAGCCACGAAUAAGCCCCAUCCGGAAAAAAUAAAUCGGAAGGUCAAAAAACCGAAGGGCUACAAGGAAGAUCCUUACGUCUUCAUCGAUCCGAAAGAUGAAUCGAUUGUCCAUACUGGCAAGUUCUACGAGCUCGCUGAAGACUUCCCAGCGGCGCAGCUUCUGUGCAGAUCGACGGAGGGUCAGAAACGGAACAUCUAUUUGGUGUCGAAACUCGUUCAACAAGUUCUACAAAGCAACGAGAACCGUCUGAAAGUAAUCAACACCGGUGUUCGGGUAUUUUCGCGGGCUGAAGGCCGUGAGGAGCUAGGCUGCGAUUUUCGGAUAGCUCAGGAAGGGCUCAGUACAAUGAUGCCCUACGUCGGUGAGGCGCGAAAGCUCCGACUCUCGUUCGAAGAUACGAAAGUGAUGCUCAAACACGAGUUCCCCUUGGAGACACAGUAUUCGGAAGGGCUGAAGCUGAAGCUGGAGAACCUGGCCAAGGGCUGUGUGAUCCUAACGUACACUUCUUGCCAGGGAGAAGCGGAAGAAUUCGAUGUGUCGUUUUCAGGCCGACUCGGUAAAGCCACCUUGAGGUGCUACAUAGCCAAGCAGGAACGACCACAUUACCUCCGGCUAUGCGGACUCGACGACUCCGAGGAAUGUGAGAGCGUUCUCGAAAGAGACAAGAAAGCCGCUGACGAGAACAGCAACACCGAAGAAGCCACUUCUCGAGGAGAUCUGAAUGGGAAUCCCGAGAAAAAAAGUAGGCUCGAGGAAGUGAUUUCGGUCUAA